AAAUCCAAGGUUAGGAAUUCGAAUGAUACUGUAAAUCGUUGCAGGUCGUAGAGGGAGGGGCAGAAGAGGCGCUGGAUCGGCGGGAGUCCCAUUUGGGAUGUCGGAGUUAUCGGCUUUGAAUUUCGCCACUCAUGCUCUCUCGCAUACGACAUUUUCUCACUGGCUUCACCUCGACUGAGAAAUUGAAGACCGUCCAACCCCAGGUUCUCCUACACCCUGCUAAAGAAGGCGACAUCCUCCGCCAACGAUAUCCUCUUAUCCGCAGGCUCGGAGAACGCUUUGGAAGACGCUCAACAAUUUGGCUUUCUAAAGACUCAAAAACUGAAAAUGACGUGGUAAUAAAAAUUACUGGUUCAGACUCGACAGAUGCGGGCAGGUAUUCGCAGCUCGAGGCACUCUUCCUUGAAAAAGUUCGCCAUAAGAGCGCUACCAUUGAGCAAUCACAUGUUAUCCACAUGCUUGAACAUUUUCCAAUAUCUAGCAUCCACGGAACUCACGGCAGCUUAGUCCUCGAGCGUCUUGGUCCAUCUGUCGCACAAGUAAUGAAUUGGGCUCACCCGAACAAGCUUCCCGUACGAGUGUGCAGGCAGAUUAUUAAACAAGUAUUAGUUGGUUUAGACUUCCUUCAUCGUGAAUGUGGAAUAGUCCAUACAGAUUUAAAACUAGACAAUCUUCUCCUGCGUCUUGCAGAGACGCAAGGGACACCCGACCCGGGAAAUGUUGAACAUUCGACUGAAAUCGAUUUUUCUCGAGUAUCUUUGGGUUCAGCAGCCGUUGUCAUAACCGACCUCGGUGUAGCUAGUAACAUAGAAGAGCCGUUCAAUGGAGUCAUACAACCGUAUGCUCUACGUGCACCUGAGGUUUAUCUUGGAAUCCCCUAUGGCCCACCCGCUGAUAUAUGGAGCUUGGGCUGUUUGGCGUUCGAACUCGUCACAUACUGCUGGCUCUUCAACCCAACGGAAACAUCUAAAUGGUCACGAGAUGACGACAUACUCGAACAAAUGGUCUCCCUGAACGGACUUGAGCUUUUCCCAGUCGACGUUUUGGCCCGUGGCAAAUACAGUGACAGGUUCUUCGAUAAAACCGGAAAGCUUCACGGAUACAAUGUUGGCGCUUGUUCCAUUCGUGGCUUGUUGGAUUCUCGAUGUUCGCUGCAGCCUGAGGACGAGCCUGAUGCCUUUGCCGACCUUCUUUCUCGCAUGCUGCGGCUUCGCCCUGAAGAUCGGGAAUCGGCCUCGGAACUACUUAUCCAUCCCUGGCUACGAGCCACUUGAUGGAUCUUCAGUGUUGCCAUUCUCGAAGAUGAUACGUUCUUGUCCUUUGGUUUAUCUAAUAUCUUGCCUUAAUGUCCCGGAUGAUAUGUGUACACCUUUCACUAUAUAUGGCUAUCGCGCUUUGAAGAUGUAGCAACGUUUCGUUUUGAAAAGUUCUACCUCCCUCGUUCUAGAGCGAGACUAGCAUUGACUGGAAGUCAGCUCCUGAUUGAUUCUUUGAAUCAAAACGAUUCAAUUGAUAUGACUGCGGAGCUCGCAACAGGUGCAUCGGUGUUGUGCGCGAGCCUUCAGCCUGUUUGCACGCUCAGGUGCUUGUCAAGGGGGGGGGGGGUGGAACGAAACAAAAAUAGUUCAGU